CCAAUUGUCUCCUGGGCGAAGUGGGGGAUGCAGCCCAGGCCUCUGCGCCCACGGGGGCUGCCCUGUGUCCUACAGGAGCCUCCUGGGACUGGCAUUGCCCGGGUUCCUUUGGAGGCUGGCAUUUUCUACUUGCAGCUCCUCCCCGCUCCCCGUGUUUCCUUGCCUCCCCUUCCCGAAGCAGUUCCCGGUGCUGGGCUCGGAGAGUCCCCGGGGCGCCCUCCGUCCCCGCACUGGGAGCGAGAGAGCCUCCCACCCCCAUCCGGUGCCCUUCCUGGAGAGGAAGCAGGCGGCCUCUCGCGAAGGCCCGGGAGAGGCUGGAGGUGGGCGGGGAAGCGCGUUCCCUCCCUCCAGCCGCCACGGGCUCUUGGCCACGCGGGAAACCCCAGGACUCCCCGCUUGAAGCCAGCAGCCACCGCAGGCAGGGCGAUUCCUGCCAUUCGCUUCCGCAGCUCGGUCCCUCGGCGGCCUCCCGAGCGGCUCCCGGUCCAGCCAGCCGGUUCCGCCCCGCCCGCCCGCCCGCCGCCCCCUCGGGCCGGGCCCUCCUCCGCGGGGGCGGCGCUGGCGAGGCGGCCAUGGCGCGUCGUCCGGGGGUGCUGCGCGCCCAGCCCUGCGCUCUGGCGGCAGCGGCGGCUCUAGCUCUGGCCUGCGCGCUCUACUACGCGGGCUCCGGCCCCUCGCAGCGCGCCCCGCCGCCGCCGCCGCCGCCGCCUUCCCCCUCGGCCGCCGCCGCCGCCGCCCCUGCGCCGGAGAGCAAGGCCAAGGCGGGCGAGGAGGAGGCGGAGGAGGCGCUGCGGGCGGAGGCGGAGGAGCUGCACGUGGUGGCGGUGCUGGCCAAGGCGGAGCGCAACGAGGCGCUGCGGGAGAAGGCGGCGGCGGCGCUGCGCUCCCUGGUGCGCUUCGGCAAGCUGGGCCCGCGGGAGGCGCUGGCGCUGCACCUGCUCUGCGACGGGCCCAGCAGAGGCGCCGCCCGGCAGCUGCUCCAGCAGGCGCUGCGCCCCGCCGCCUUCAAGUACAAGGUGGUCUUCCACGACCUGGAGACGCUGGCCCAGAAGCUGCAGCCCACGGUGGAGGCUCUGCAGAAGCUCUUCAGUGCCGGGGCUGGCAGCUACUACGGGGACUCGCUCUUCUUCCUCUCUGUCGCCAUGCACCAUAUCAUGCCCAGAGAGGUUUCACGGGUCAUACAGGUGGACCUGGAUGUGGAGUACCGAGCCAACAUCCGGGAACUGUUUCAGGAAUUUGACAACUUCCCAGAAGGAGCAGUUAUUGGCAUCGCCCAAGAAAUGCAGCCGGUCUAUCGAUCACCAGGAAAAAAUGUUGGCCUGUGCAAGAAGGAAGCCUCUCUGAACGGAGGGCAGCUGCCAGGGAGGAAGAGGAGGAGGAGGAGGGGGGGGCAUGUUUCCCCUGAUAAGGAACCACCAACCGCUUCCCCCCUCGUUCGCUCGCUCGCCCUGCUGAGCUGCUGCCGCCGACUCUCCUGCCGCUCCUGGGACGGGCACAAAAGGAGCUUUUGCUGCCCCUGAAGAUGGUGGAGGGGGGGUUGUUCCAGGCUUCUGCAUCCCAGAUGUUUGGGGGGGAAGGUUCCCCAAAGAGUCAGUGGGCGAGGGAACUGAGGCACAGCCAUCCCUCCCCAGGGGCCCAAACGGCCCUGCCCAGGAGCCCCCCCCCCCCGCAUCAGGACAGCCCAAUCGGUGGGCCUGAAAGAGGGGAAGGCACAGCCGACCGGUCGGCCAAUCUGCCCAGGAUGAUGGGUUGCCACGUUUGUUCGCACCGUUGGCCUCUGCUGAGGCUCCCUCCUCCUCCUCGCCUGGGCAGAGCCAGCUGGCAAAGCCACACCGACAGGGAAGCCUGGUUUGGCUACCUGGCUCUGCCCAGAAACUCUGGGCGUGACACGCACCCUCCUGCAGAGCAGCCUCCGCCAAGAUGGCAAAGCUCUAAGUGCCCCACCUGGCUCCGAGGCCGGUUGGUUUCCUCUCCGACUGGCCUACCUCGCACGGUUGCUGUGAUGCAAACUGGGGAAAGAACGUGAUGCCGUCCGUCCCGUCCCGUCCCCCCCCCCCAGUUAACAGAAUUAGAUGAGCUGGUUGUUCUUUAUGGUGGGGCUGCACGAACUGCCUUGCAAGUCUCAAAGCCUCCUCCUCCUCCUCCCCCCUCCUCCUCCUCCGCGGGUGACUUCCGGCAGCCCUUCCUGGGUUUCUUCCUCCGAGCUUAAGCCAACCGGGGGGGGGGGGCUCCUGCCUCCUUUCUCCGAUGGCUUCCUAGGCCGCCGCUCUUCCCCCACUCUUCCCCACACCUUCUGUGGCACCUCUGGAGCAGCAUCAGCAGAGCUCCUACCGGUCUUCCUCCCUGCCAAGGUCACCCAAGGGUGGGAAAGUGGCUGGCGGGCCUUUCGGAGGCCUAAGGCACAGAGGCAUCAGUGGAGGGGGGGCUGCCUUGUGUAGUGGGGAGGACACCCCAUUCUCCUUAUGCAAGGCAAGGGAAGCCUUCCUCCUCCUCCGAAGGGGGGGGGUCUGCUCUCCUUACCCACCUGCAGGGCUUCCUCCCUGGAGGGGACCAGAGCUGGCUGCUGGGGGGGAGGGGCUGGAGACAAAGCUGUUGGGGGAGGAGGUGAUCAGAAGGACAGAAGCUCCUAGAAGAAGGGAGGGGGUGGGGGAGUCAGUCCUCAAUACUAGGCAAGAUUGGACCACUUAAACAAACUCAGAGUCCAAGAAAUCUAGGAGGCCCCAUAAGCAAAUAGCUUCAGCCACAGCUUGCUACAGACCCCUACCCAAAAGACCCCUACCCAAAAGAUUGCUACAGACCCCUUCCGCUAAACAAAAGAGGUUCUCUUCCUCCUUCACCCCUCACAUCCUGGACAUAGCGCAUUUUCCGAAGUAUAAGACCCACCGGAGUAUAAGACGCAGCAAGGUUUUGAAGGGGCAAUUUUUUUUUAAAGUAGGUAGGUAGGUAGAUGGAG